AGCAGCCAGCGUCAUCCUUCAGUAGCACCAACGAAAACAAAGCGGACAAAAGGGCAAAAAGAAGGCUCUUUCGCUUUAUUUCCGCGCUUUCAUAGCUUUUCUCGCCGAAUAAAACUUCCAAACCAAUACUGAACUCUUUUACCCUUUUUCUUUUUUAAUUUAGAUUUUCUAAAAGUCGGAGCUCUUGUAGCUUCCCUGUCCCUCUCCUUCUCUUUUCCCUCUCAGAAAAAUAAAAAAAAAAUAAAAACCCAAUAAAAUUUCUCUCUUUGCACUUCUCUCAGCUCAAUUUCCGUCAAGCUGAAGCAAUAGCUAUUUAGCUAAGUUAUACAAGGGCAUUCCACAUUGUAUAUAUGGAAGAGAGAGGGGGUACUGGUUCGUAGGGGUGGUGGGACUUCUGCGAGCUUAGCGUCCUCUCUCAUUGUCUAUUUUUUUUUCCUUAGCUACAAGACCUUUGUUCUUGAUGCAUUUGCAUGAGUUGAAUGGUUGAGCUUUAUUGAUGAGAUUGUGUGGAGAGUUUUAACUGAAGGGGAAAGUUCAAGUUAACAUUAUGGGUUCUGUUUGUUGCUGCUUGCACGCUGAGGAUUUUGAGGACUAUGUGAAUCCAAACAGUAAUGUAUAUAGAAACUGCAUGUGCUUCAGUUGCUUUGUUCAGAAUUUCCUACACGUGUAUACCACAUUAUUCCGAAGAGGGGAAGUGCAUUCUGUCCCUUCAUCCAUUCAGGGGACAGCUUCUGUGAACUCUUCUGCAUCACUAGACAACUCACUUUCUGACAUGUACCGCUCUCCUCCAAGGCCCUUGCCUUAUGAUGCUGACACCAGAUAUUUCUGCUUACAACGUGAUGGUCUUGUUUCACGGCGUGAGAAGGGUUCAAGUCAUUCACAAGAGGAAUCAGAGCCUUUAAGGGGUGAAGAUGAUGCAGAUUCAGAAUCUAUGAGUACAGGAGACAAAUGGAAAGGUUGUGAAGAAGGCUCAAAAGAGCAGCAUUCCAAAUCCUCACAAAAACUCUUAUCAGCAAAAGCACCAGUUGGAGUUGGGUACAUCUAUUCAUCAACAGAAGAGGAGGAUGUCUGUCCAACAUGUCUUGAAGAAUAUACUCCAGAGAAUCCCAAGAUAGUAACAAAAUGUUCCCACCAUUUCCAUCUGGGUUGCAUUUAUGAGUGGAUGGAGAGAAGUGAAAACUGUCCUGUCUGUGGAAAGGUAACCUUUUUGCACUAGUCAGCUUUUUCAUCUUCAUGGUAAUAAUCCAUCAAGAGGCACGGUGCUUACAUUUUACCUGCUUGAUCAGUUAUUUCUUUUCUUUUAAGACUUCCAAUUUACUAGGAUGUUCAAGGUUUACAUGCAUUAGCUUUUAAUUUGAAUUUGAUAUCUUUUUGAAGUUCUUAAUUUUUUAAUUAAUAUCUGUAUAACCAUUUUUUUUUUGGUAAAAAUCUGUAUAACCAAUGUGAGUGCAUAUGUUUUUUAUUGGUUGUUUAUCAUUUUAGUAUAUGUAGCUUUUCAAUGAGUCUCUUUUAAUGGAUUUGAAAUAUUUAGAUAUUUAUUGACCACAUCAUUUCUUCUUUUCUUUGAUGAAAUAGCCGCUCUUUGUUUGGUUUUAACAAAAAGUGAUGGAAAGAACUAAUUGGAAAAAUUAACUGCAAAGAAAAAUUCAGAAAAUGAAGUUCCUAUCUUGUUUCAAUGGUUAGGCAAAAAUGGGGAAAAAACUUUUUCUUAACUAACUUUUCCUUUUGGUAUACUUUUCAAGUGAUAAUCUAACUUAUCCCUGAAGUGUCUUUCCACUAAUCCUCUUUGGUCAGAACAUUGGUUCAUGGAUAAAUUAGUCAGAAAUAAGCAGAAAUAAACAAAAUAAAAGAUGAAAAUAAGAAGAUAACAAAUGACUUGUUGAUAGUAAAAUGAGUUUGUCAUCCAUCUUCUUCGAACUACCAACACUUUAUAGGGUGCUUAUCCAAACACCACCAUCUUGAAAUUUUUAGGUCAAACAAUUAUUUUGUCAUGGGUUCUAGUUUUCUGCUCAUUCUUUUUGGC